UUUUACUAUUCUUUUAUUGAUUUAUUUUUGUAAUUUUGCACUCUCGCGACUCCGUAUUUCUGUUUUUCCACCUGCAUUAAACGCAUGGACUUUGUGGUUUUAUACAGCAGACAUUGUGAUAUAAGUCUUAGAGCCAACGUGUGUGCGAUCAUGUGUAGUAGGUGGAAAUGUUUAUGAAAUAUCCGUCAUUAUUUUGGAAUAAUGAGCUAGGUGUGUUGUUUCAUGCUGAUCUAUUCAUCACACAUGGUACAGAAGCCUUGGCGCUGUACCUAAACGUGUGACCUGGAGCUGGAGUUUGACUUUCUUUGUAAUAUAUGAACACAUUCAUUGUUUGUAAAUAUUUUUGCUGUAAUAAAUGAUGGAUGUUGGUUUCCUCCCUUUCUGUGUGCAGCAGCGCCCCCUGUUGCUCCAUCAGCUGACCUGCAGCACCACACACACACACACACACACGAUGGAGGGGUUUUAACCGGUCCAGAGAAAUGUCAUUUAAUCCCGCUUUAGUCCGUGUCUUCACAGCAAAGGAUCCUCCACAGAUCAUCGGGGGAAGCCACCUGACGUUGUUCUGUCUCCUCGUCUUCUUUCCAAAGUGUUAAUCAAACCGGAAGUUAGUGAAUGUGGCACAAUGGGGAUCACCAAACUGGCAGAUUUAAUCCGCUCGGAAGCUCCCGGUGCUGUUUCUUACAAGGAAAUCAGCGACUACACAGGAAAAGUCAUCGCACUGGACACCUCCAUCGUUAUGAACCAGUUCCGUGCAGCAACGCCUUCCCUGAGCCCUCUGACAGGUCUCUUCUUUCGCACGCUCACCUUCCUGGAACAUGACAUCAGACCGGUCUUUGUGUUUGACGGAAAGCCUCCGGGGGAGAAGAAACAUGUUCUGGAGAAGCGAGCCGAGGCAGCUGGUUGGAACUUCCCCAACUGCACAGGAACGCCAUCAUCCCAGACCAGAGAUUGUGUUCAGCUCCUGAAACAUCUGGGCGUACCUGUCAUCCAGGCUCCAGGGGAUGCUGAGGCGCUGUGUGCCCAUCUGGUCAGAGAGGGCACCGUGGACGCUGUGGCGUCAGAGGACAUGGACACGCUGCCGUUCGGAGCCAGCGUUCUGAUUCGCCAGUUGAAUGCCAAGAGGGACAGUGAAGUCAUUGAAUAUUCUUUACCCAAGUUACUGGAGAAACUCCAAAUCAAUCACAAAGAGCUUGUUGACCUGUGUAUUUUGCUGGGCUGCGACUACUGCGACAAGAUACCCGGUCUGGGACCCAAGAGAGCUCUGACGCUGAUCCAGAAGCACCGUACUAUUGAGGACGUGGUUUUGCACGUCAAGAGAGAGACCCAUCCUGUUCCACAUUUCUGGAAGUACAAAGAAGCAAGAAAGAUAUUCUUGGACGCCCCACAAACGGCAGCUCCUGAGCUCACCUGGACCGAGCCGGAUGAAGAAGCUGUGGUCGAGUUCCUCUGUCCCGCCAAACGCAUUAAGGAGGAGAGGGUCCGUCGUCGGAUGGAGAGGUUCCGUGAAUUCCGGAAAAACAGGCGAGAGGAGCGGGAGAAGGAGAAGGCAGCGGGAAACAGUAGGCAGACUCGCAUGGAGGACUUCUUCAGAGUCACCAGGAAAAGGGAGCAGACUGUGGACGCAGACUCUUUAGGUGUCAACAAAAAGAGGCCAAAGUCAAAAUAAGCCUGACGCCGUUUCUGCCUCCUUCGACCAAAGAAGGGAUUAGACUUUUUUUUCCUUUUUUUUCUGGGGCCAAUACAGAUAUUAUCAUGAAGGACACUGAUAACUGAUGUUUAGGAGCAGUAUGUUAUAAUCCUGGUGUGGAAGUUUGCAACGGCUCUAACACAAAACUUGAAAUAUGUUUGUUUAAUGAUGUCGUAACUCUUUACAUGCGGUCAGCCAGAUACUGCUUUGUGCAGGACAUUCCUCGACACUACAGAGUGGUGACAUCAGGAUCAUAGUGUUUAUAAAUGGAUUUAUUUUUAUGAGGAACUGGUUAAAAACAUAUACAACGUCGGAUCUGAUGAUCAGCCAGUCCGUGGUUUUUAUCUCCCUCUCUGUCUGGGUAUCAAAAACCCCAUCAUGUACCAGUUUGUCUGUUCAGUCUGUGUUUCCAAUCUUGGAUUUGUGCCAUAAGCUUGUUUUUACCAUUAUGCAACACUAGAAGUCAAGAGUUUUGUACUGAAUGUUCCUCCAAUCAUUCUGUUUUAUCAUCUAAUAAUUUAGAAAUUUCAGCAUUUUGAGAGGCAGCAGCUUUAUGUGUUGGAUAAUUGUUUUGCAAUUACAGAGCACCGACCUUUAUCAAGUGCCCUUUAAGUUUUUCACUCUGUUUUGAAAAACAGGCGUGCUGCAAAAUACUGAUUUCAAGUCUUUGUCCAUUCAUUUUAAGCGACAAAACAAUAAUCCGAUCUUGUGCGAACAGCAGGGCGCGCAACAAUGCAAAUCACUGAGCACUUCUUCAGCGCGUCCAGCAGUUUCCUGCAAAGAGAAGCAGAGCAGGAGGUGGAUGGCCAUGAAAGAGAACAGUGUGAUCAGUGUCAGGGAGGCCAAGACUGAAGACAGGGGACGUCUCAUCGCUAGAUAUUCAAUUAGCACCUGCUGUGUCAAGGCUGCCAAGGCCGAGACCAAAGACCUGAAUUUUAAAACGUGCAGAGAAGUGAAGUAACGUCUUUGAAGAGAUGUUCAAAUCCAUAUAGAGAAAAAGGUGAUUUUGUUUUAAAAAACAAAUGUAAGUGCAGUGUAUACAUUGUAUGCUUCACUUGUUUGUCUUUUUUAAAAUUAAAAUAAUGUUUUGGAUGAAUGUGGUACUCUUA